CUUAAUAAACUUGGAGAAUUUAAUCGAAAUGGGAAAGUCACGCACUCAAAUAACACACCUCGAGGCUACAUUCAUGAGAGUCACUACUACAAUGUGGAACGUGAAGAACUUACUCCUGUUGAUGGUCCUGAGCAUCGCUUGUGAAAACUUUUACAAAACAAUCAAAAUUGCUGAGAAUCGCUGCGCAAACAUUUUGAGCGAGGAUCGAGCUUGUGGCAUGCGCAAGACGUGCAAGAACGUGCUGCGUCUGAACCGCGCGUCGCUGCGCAAGAUGUCCGCGUUCGGCGUGUUCCAGCUGGACGCAGCGUUCCCGCUGCGGCUGCUCGGCGGGCUCGUCGCCUACAUCGUCGUGUUGCUACAGUUCGCCUUCUUGUCGUCAUAGAAACGCUGCGUUUUAUCAAUAGUUAUAUUAACGAUUUUUGUUUGUAGAAUAAACUUCAGAUUAAGUUAUUAUGUAAUAUUCUACUUUUUAAGAUUCAA